CUACCAAUCGCCAAGACUUGCCACAAGAAGCUGCACACUCCUCCAAUCCCAUCAUCACCAUCAGCCAUCCCUUUCAGCAGCAUUUGCAUCGCUUCCCUCGCUCGUCGGUUGACGCGUUUGCUUUCUUUUCUCAAGCCACCUUGUUAACGCACAACAGCUGCCAUGCCUGCCGGGGGCGGAGGCGAGGUCAUCACGCUGCAGUUUGGCAACUAUGCCAACCACGUUGGUGCACAUUUCUGGAACUUGCAGGAUGCCAUGAUCGAUUACACGGGCCAAGAGCCAGAAUCGGAGGACCCCAUCAGCCACGAUGUGCUCUUUCGGUGCGGCGAGACACCAUCUGGAGCGCCGACAUACACACCGCGGCUGCUCUUGUAUGAUCUGCGAGACAGCACCAGCGCAUUGAGCCAGGAGGGCGUUUUGUACGGUGACGCUUCCCAGCAGGCUCAAGUCGCGUCGUGGGACCCGGAGCGCGUGGAACGCCUGAUGCAGCCGCUCGAUGAACCGAGUCCAUACCACCAACACCUGGAGCAACUGCAAACACAACAGGCGGGGGAUCGAGGGCACUCCAAGUCUGAGUUUGUGGUUGAGACGGAGCACGUGCGGUCAUGGUCAGAUUACCUCCGCCCACUCCUCCACCCCCGCACCGUCAACUUGGUGCCAACGCACUGCCACGAGGACCCCGCCGUCGCCUUUGAUGCGUUUUGGCUCGCGCGACCGCUGCUGCAGCCGACAGCACAAUUUAUGGAGACGUUUGAGGACCGUGUGCGUGCGUAUAUGGAAGAGUGCGACACGCCGUAUGGAUUCCAAAUUGUCGCAGACGCAGACACCGCGUUUGCCGGCAUUGCUGCCGGCGCAAUACAACACCUACGUGACGAGUACGGGCGCAAAGGGAUCAUGUGCUAUGCGGCGCACUCGCCCGGGCAUUCGCUCGGGUACGACGCCGCCACCGCGCACCCGGAGCUGGACGAGGAGCACCAGGCAGCAAAGACGGCAGCACACGCCCAGCACAGGCUGCGGUCCGCAGCAUACCUCAUGUAUGAGUGUAUGCAGUACGGCGCGACAUACAUUCCGCUCAGCACACACGACGCGUGGCGAGAUGGGUCCCCUCGCGCGUUUCUGCGCCUUGACGUCGACUACAGCAGCCGCUACCACACCAGCGCCAUCAUGGCCGCUGCCAUCGACACAGCCACCCUCCCCUACAGACUGCACUCCAGCGACGUGUCGUUCGCCCAUCUCAUGUCCGCCCUCCAGGGGCCCGCAUCCAUGGCCGGCAUGACGACUGUGCUGCCAUUUGAGAUGGACGACUACUACCUCAGCGACAUGUUUUCGCGGCUGGAGGCUGGCCAGGACCUGCGUGUUGUGCCGCUGACGCCUUCGUUUGCGCCCGACCUCACCCCGGCCAUCACCGCCUGCUCCCUUCGCGGCAUCAACGCGACCAAAGUCAAGCCGCCCAUCGCCGUCCUCAGGCAGCGCGGCACCAUGUCGGCAUACGAUAGGUGCGACUCGCCGAACGAGAUGCUGCAGCGGUUCCUUGGCAGCGGCCGCCGCGCCCGGCAGUUUAUGGCGCGUGUCGUGUCACACGGGCUGCCUGUUGGCUCGCCCUUCCCCGACUGGUUCCACCACGGCGGGCGUGCUGGUCGCAGCGUCACCGUCUCCACCAUGGCCUCACUGGAGACGGGCCCCGCCGUGCACGCCUCUGCCGCCGCCCUCGCAUCCACUUUCCUUGCCAUGCGGCACCGGCCGUAUCUGGGGCCGUCGUGGGAGCGGGAGGAGUUUGAUGAGAUGCGGCAAGUGUUGAGCGACCGACUGCUGGACGAGGAACAGUAGGACUGACAUCCACGCUUCAUGUCACAAUCCAUUGUUAAUGUAAUGUAAUACAUUCAAAAAAAUGCCA